GUGUCCUUUUGUCUCCAGUGUGCAGGGCCGGUUUCUACAAAUCUACUCUGGGAAAUACGGAGUGUGCAAAGUGCCCGCCACAUAGUUUCUCACACCAUGAGGGGUCGCUGCACUGCGGCUGUGAGAAAAACUACUUCCGUGCCGAUGGAGAUCCUGCAUCCAUGGCCUGUACCCGACCCCCUUCGGCUCCUCGAAACGUGAUCUCUUCCAUUAACGAGACCUCCGUCAUCCUGGACUGGAGCUGGCCGGAAGACGCCGGCGGCCGCAGGGACGUCACCUUCACCGUCCUCUGCAAACGCUGCCGCGGGGGUGGCGUCGCCAACGGCAGUAGCGGCGGCAACCUGCGUUGCGAGCCUUGCCGGAGUAACGUUCACUUCCUGCCGAGAGCCUCGGGCCUCCACAACACCACCGUGACGGUGGGAGACCUGCUGGCCCACACUAACUACACCUUUGAGAUCGAAGCGCUGAACGGCGUGUCGUCGCUGGCGCCCAAGAUGAGGCAGUACGCUGCGGUCACCAUCACCACCAACCAAGCUGCUCCCUCCCCAGUAGCAGUGAUCCGAAAGGAAAAGACGUCUCGGAGCAGUGUCUCCCUGUCCUGGCAGCAGCCAGAAAGACCCAACGGCAUUAUCCUCGACUAUGAGAUCAAAUACUACGAAAAGGAGGAGCAGGAGACCAGCUACACAAUCCUCCGUGCUCGGGGCUGUAAUGUGACCCUGAAUGGCCUGAAGCCCAACACCGCCUACCUGCUGCAGAUCAGAGCGCGCACAGCUGCCGGGUACGGAGCCAGCAGCCCGAGUUUCCAGUUCGAGACCAGCCCCGACUCAGCGUUCUCCAUCUCCAGUGAGAGCAGCCAGGUUGUUCUGAUCGCCAUUUCCUCCGCCGUGGCCAUCAUCCUCCUCACCGUGCUGCUCUACGUCCUGAUUGGCAGGUUCUGUUGCCACAGCAAAUCCAAACAUCCUGAUGAGAAAAGGCUGCACUUUGGCAACGGCCACUUGCGUCUGCCGGGUAUCAGGACCUACGUGGACCCUCACACGUACGAGGACCCGAGCCAGGCCGUGCACGAGUUUGCGAAGGAGCUGGACGCCUCCUGCAUCGCCAUCGACAAAGUGGUUGGAGCAGGUGAGUUUGGCGAGGUGUGCAGCGGUCGUCUGAAGCUACCAAGCAAGAAGGAGAUCUGUGUGGCCAUCAAGACGCUUAAAGGAGGAUUCACGGAUAAGCAGAGGCGGGACUUCCUGGCCGAGGCGUCAAUCAUGGGGCAGUUUGACCACCCCAACAUCAUCAGGCUGGAGGGGGUGGUAACACGCAGUAAACCCGUCAUGAUCGUCACAGAAUACAUGGAGAAUGGAUCCCUGGACAGUUUCUUGAGAAAACACGACGCCCAGUUCACCGGCAUCCAGCUGGUCGGCAUGCUGCGUGGCAUCGCCUCGGGCAUGAAGUACCUGUCCGACAUGGGCUACGUGCACCGAGACCUGGCGGCUCGGAACAUCCUGGUCAACAGCAACCUGGUGUGCAAAGUGUCCGACUUCGGCCUGUCCCGAGUGCUGGAGGACGACCCGGAGGCCGCCUACACCACCAGGGGAGGGAAGAUCCCAAUCCGCUGGACAGCUCCAGAGGCCAUCGCCUACAGGAAGUUUACAUCGGCCAGUGAUGCUUGGAGUUACGGCAUCGUGCUCUGGGAAGUGAUGUCAUAUGGGGAACGGCCGUACUGGGAGAUGUCCAAUCAGGAUGUAAUAAAGGCUGUAGAUGAAGGAUACCGCCUCCCCCCACCCAUGGACUGCCCAGCUACACUUUACCAGCUGAUGUUGGACUGCUGGCAGAAAGAGAGGAAUAACCGGCCUAAAUUUGAACAGAUUGUCAGCAUCCUGGAUAAACUGAUUCGCAACCCUGGUAGCCUCAAAAUCACGGCCAACACCACAUCCAGGCCGGCCAACUUGUUGUUGGACAGGAGCAGUUCCGAGGUUCCCGCGAUGGGGACGCUGGGUGACUGGAUAGAUGGAAUGAGGACCCUGCCCUGUAAGGAGGCCUUCUCCGGGGUCAGCUACAGCUCCUGUGACACCCUGGCCAAGACCUCCACUGAUAGAGUGGUUCUGACGGAGGUCCACGUCACACCGGCCACUUGCCCAGAAUGGGAGCCGUCCAUGGGAAUCACCACUCUCUAACAGGCAGCUCCUCUCGGCCUCCUCCGGCUCUGGAUGGGAUCUAAAAAAGGUUGGAGUGACUAUCGUUGGACCGCAGAAAAAGAUUGUGAGCAGCCUCAAAGCCCUCGAUUCCCACACCAAGAAUGGCCCAGUACCUGUAUAAGAAACGAACGUAACGAGUAAAAACACCAGAAACCUGUCCGUGGGGCAGAGCGGCUUCAUAUGUAAACUGGAAACGGAUGGAAAUGGAGGAUUAAUAACGGCACGAUUCAAAUGAGGGCUUCCGCUGUUUUGUUGAAAGACGCCAUCAAGUCUUGACGGAGUAUAAUGGGAAAGGCUUCAGUGCAGACCUGCCAGCCGCUCUCUCCGGCCAGCCGUCCCUCCAUUACCAAGUUGAGAUGCCUUACAGACAAUUCGGAGGGUUUAAAGAGCCGAAACGAAAGCCAAGGUUGGCCAGGGAGACGUGGCGGGGGAUGCAAACUGGGACUGCACCUGGAUAAAGCCAGAGCUGUACAGUAUUGGCCGAGCUGGACAAGGUAGUCUUCACCUUUACAGCUGAAAAGGGGACGGGCAUGCUCACAGUCUCCUCCCACCACUCGGACUGCGCAGCUCGCGGAACGGGGCUGAGAUGCCUCGUGCAGCACGGCGGGCAGCAGCAGCUCGUCCGGAAUUUGAAUCCUUCCAGGACGAAUGAGGGCUGAAGUGUGAGAUUUUGUCGUACCUACCGACCUACAUUUAUUUUCUCGAUCCAUGAAAGAACUGAGCUGGAAUGGACACACCCAGAUGUUAACCGAGCCAUUUUACUCUCUAGCUCUUAACCUAUAGCAUUUUGCUUUCCGUAGACAAGUCACAUACAAGCAAUAAUUAUAAUAACCAGUUAAUUUGUCUCAUUGUGUGGAAGCUACGAGUCCGUCACUUGUAUCAAACGCUGUGCUUAGGAGGCACAGGGGCCCUAACACACUUCACACAAAUGUUUAAUUUAUGCGCUUAUGGACAGAUAUUGUACAGUUAUAAUGCCGUUCCUUCAACCCGACGCCCUUUGUGUGAAUCUCAGGAUGUGUACGUUAUUCGUAGUAUUCUCCCCACCAAGGCGAAGCAGACAGAGGAAGUAGGGCAGAGACAGGAGGGAAAGGUGCAGGUCGACAGAAAAUUGGUGAACCAUAAGAGAGAAAUGAGGAGGAAAAGACGGUGAAAAGGUAAUGAAGUGGUUCCAUUCAGGCCUCUGCCUCAGACAUUCUUGUUGUGUCGCGGAAGUGUUUGAAACUAGAAGUGAGUUUGUAACUGGGUUUUUUCUUCAGGUAAGACAUGUUAGCAUCAUCAACCCCACACAACAUCUUUUUCUUUCUCGGGAUUGGAGUGGCAAUUUUUUCCUCUGCGUAAGAUCAGUUUACGAGGUUGGGCUCGACACAGCCGACCGAUCUGAAAGUGUUGUAGUCUUGCUUUAGUCAGAGUAACAAAAGCCAUGGUGGAUCUCACUUUAGCUGUAAAGUAACUUCUUUCGUUCUGUUAUGAAAUAAAUUCAUGAAAUCCUGAUGUGUUUGAUUAAAAAAGUAGAGUGCCUCCGCUUGACGGGUUGAAUCGAUGCAGGAUCUCCAAGCGAAAAGCUCCAGUUUCGAUUUGUUUUCAACAAAGUCUUUUUUUGUGUUCUUAUUGGUUUCUCUCAUCACUGCCCUCAACUAACAAGGUGUGAACAUGCACUGAAAGAAAUGGAACACUUUCAGUGACUGCUUUCUGAGAUCCUUUUCUCGUACCAUAUGUCCAGGAUGGGAUUUCCUAAAGGCACCGUACAGUUUAGACAAUCCUGGUAUUACAAAGUCCAACCUUGUGUCUCAUGCAUUAAUGCGACCCAGUCAAUCCCACAGUGUAACCAGUGUUCCCAAACUGGCACUUUGGUACUUUGUGAGGUUGGAUUAUGAGUAUUAUCAAAGUACUUAAUAGAAACUAUUUUAGCACUUAGAAGGAAAUGUUUAAGGGUGCUCCAAUCUGUCAAUAGGCCUAUUCAUUUGUUUGAUAGCCGUUCUCUUUGAAUCAUUUCCCCAUGUGCCGCUAAAAAGGCUCCAGCCGAGUUGUGAUUUGUGAUUCUAAAGCCCCUUUUACUCAGCCUAUUCACUUCGCCUUAUUGUUCUGUAUUAUUGUAUCGUGGGUACGGACACGGAACGAGGGUUUUGUUGCUCCGCCGCUAAGCCGGGCGAGGUAGUCACAGAACCAACCGACGCAACCACACGCACACAUGGGACUCUUAACGCCAUGGUGUCAAACACGAGCAUUAUGCCGGAUUUGCUUGGUUCUUUAAAUAAAAUGACGAAAAGCAAAACUGGUAUAAUUAGAGCUCCUCUCUGUGAGGCGAUAGAACAUGUUACACACGUUGCGUGCAAAUAAAUGAACAGUUUCCCAUCCAGGAAAGUUUCCCAUCACUUGAUUGUAAUCUUUGAUAUACAAUGUUGUUACGAAUUGUUACAUAUAAAUAGUGCCAAAUGAUGAAUAUGACCAUUCCAGUGAUCACAAUUGGAGCACCCUUGGAAAUGUCUCGGUGUACAUGAACCGUAUGUAGGAAAUGGAUGAGAUUUCGGUGCUUUUGGGAAACCCGUCCCUGUUGAGUACGUCAGUCGGUCCUCUGUUACUUGGUGAACCUGUGGAUGCUGCUGUUGCUGCUAUGUGUUCCAAUUAGCAUGUACAUAAUGUAAACCAUCGUGAUGAUAGCAGCUAGUGCUACAGACCCCACAAUAUGUACAUGGCCAUCCCUCUUUGUACAAAUGUUUGUAUGUAUAAAUGAAGAAAUAAAAAAUUGUGCAACAUUUUUAAUUAAAAAAGAGACAAUAAUCUUCUGUUUUAUAUUUUAUCUUAUUUUGGAUUAUAUUUGUCUGCUUUGUUUUUUCUACAAUAAAAAGGCAAUUAUGGUUACAUUAUUUAUUUGUUAACAUUAUACAGCAAAAUGUUUUUGUAGCAUACAGUAAAUUAUGUGUCAAGUCUACCUGUGUUUUGGUUUUUGACUUACUUUAUAAACCGAUCUGAGAGCAAUACUGUUAUGCACCCAAUAUCCAGAUCCCUCAUCCUCUGUCUGAAGACUGACCCGUGUGUCUGUGUGAGAGUUUAUGUGUGCAAAUGUAGAUCGCCUUGUCUACUAAUGUAAAAUGAUUUGUAGUGGAAACAUUUAUAUUUUUAUAAUAAAUAUUGGCAAAAUAUUUUCCAAAAAAUGGAUGAUGAUA